UGAACAAACAGGAAAAAUGAAACGAGUGCCAUUAAGCCCACACGGUUUGGAUGUCUGAUUUUCAAAGUCCUACCUGUUUUUCUUGAUCUCUAAAUUUCUCUCUCUAUCCUUCCUCACCGAGGGUUAUCUUAUACAUACAAAAAAGCUAAGCAAUCUUUCAUUUCCAUUUGAUCAUUAUAGCCAUUUCUAGCCAUGGCAGCUUCUUCUUCUUCUUCUUUUCCUUCUUCUUCUUCUUCUUCAGAAUUCUCUUGUCAAGUAAGGCAUCAUGAGUUUGAAGAAAAGUAUGAUGUGUUUCUCAGUUUCAGAGGUGAGGAUACCCGUGAUACUUUUGCUAGUUAUCUUUAUGGGGCUUUAUCUGCAAAGCAAAUCUUAACCUUCAUGGAUCAUAAACUUGAGAGAGGUGAUGAAAUUUCACCCACUCUUCGCAAAGCAAUCCAGGAAUCCAAGAUUUGGGUAGUCAUUUUCUCAGAAAACUUCGCUUCAUCCACAUGGUGUUUGGAUGAACUUGUGCAUAUACUUCAAUGCAAGAAAAUAAAUGAGCAGGGUAGUGUUAUGCCAAUCUUUUACGGCAUAGAUCCAUCGGUUGUACGAAAACAGGAGGGUAGCUACGGAGUUGCAUUUGCUGCACAUGAAAAACGUUUCAAGGAUAGAAUGAAGAAGGUACAUCAAUGGAGGGCUGCUUUAACAGAAGCAUCAAAUCUGUGUGGGUUGGAUUCGAAGAAUUUCAGGCCUGAGUGCAAGUUUGUUCAAAGGAUUGUUGAUGAUAUUUCAUUGAAAUUGCCUAAAUAUCUAUCAAAUGAACAUUUAUAUGGGCACCUCAUUGGAAUUGAAAAAAAGAUCAAAGAAAUUGAAUUAUUGUUAUCAACUGGCUCAAAAGAUAUUCGUAUUGUAGGUAUUUAUGGCAUGGGAGGUAUUGGUAAGACCACCCUGGCUAGUGUUGUAUAUCAAAGAUUAUCAUAUACUCAUUUUGAAGGUUGUUGCUUUCUUUGGAAUGUGAGGGAAGAAUACACAAAACAUGGACCAAAUCAUUUGAGAGAAAAACUUCUAUCCGAGUUGUUAAAUGAUGAAGCUAUUCUAAAGAUGGAUUCUCCAUUUGUGGCAUCACCUUUCAUUCUUGAUAGACUUAGACGCAAAAAGGUACUCAUUAUUCUAGAUGAUGUGGAUAGUUCAAUCCAGUUAGAAGCUUUAGUUCAAGGAUACGAUUGGCUUGCUCCUAGUAGUAGAAUCAUUGUUACAACUAGAAAUGUGCAAGUUAUCAAGAAAGUAGCUGAUAGAUUUUACAAGGUUGAGGGAUUAAGUCACAAUGAAUCCCUGGAGCUCUUCCAUCUGCAUGCUUUUGGAAAAAAUUCUUCUAUAAUGGGUUAUGAUCAAUUGCUGUUAGAAAGGGUGGCAAGGUAUGCAAAUGGAAAUCCAUUGGCUCUUAAGGUCUUGGGUUCUUUCCUACAUUCCAAAAGCAAAGAAGAAUGGGAAAUUGCAUUAAAUAAAUUGAAAAUAAUGCCAAACCAGGAAAUCCAAGAUGUGUUGAGAAUAAGUUAUGAGGGACUGGAUGAUGAAGGGAUCAAAAGUACAUUUCUUGACAUUGCGUGUCUAUUUGGUCAAUCUUUUACUAGAGAUCAAGCAGAAAACAUGUUAGAGGCCAGUGAUUCAUUUGUGAAACUAGGAAUAAGUGUUCUCAUGGAUAGGUCUUUAAUUGAAAAUGGUGUAAUAAAAAAUGAGUUAUGGAUGCAUGAUUUGAUACAACAAAUGGGUCGGACAAUUGUUCGUGAUGAGCAUAGAGAACCUGGUAAUCGUAGCAGGCUGUGUGAUGCUAAAGAUAUCUGCCACGUGUUGGAAAGAGAAACAGGAACUGCAACAGUUGAAUGCAUAUCACUCAACAUGUCUACAAUUGACAGAGAUGUAAAAGAUGAUAUUAAGUUCAAACUAUACCUUCCUCAAGGUCUUGAUUCUUAUCUUUCUGAUAAGCUAAAUUAUUUUCAAUGGGAUCUAUAUCCUUUGAAGUCAUUGCCAUCACAUUUUACUCUUGAGAAUCUUGUUGAACUGAUACUACGUGGCAGCCAUCUAAAGAAACUUUGGAAUCAUGAAGUUCAGUCACUUCCGGUAUUAAGAAGAAUCGAUCUUAGUUAUUCCAAGCUUCUUUCUGAAUUACCAGAUCUCUCUGUUGCUCCAAAUCUGGAAAGUAUAAAUCUUGAAAGCUGCACAAGUUUGGUUCGGGUUCUUUCAUCUCUUCAAAAUCUACAGAGGCUUACUCAUCUAAAUUUGAAUGGCUGUUCCAAACUCAAAGAUAUUAAAGAGAUAUCAAGGAGCACAGGCAGGUUCUUGGAUCUUGAAAGGUUUGGAGGCAUUCGGAAUCUCUUGAACAACAUUGGUCAGCAGAAUUUCGUAUUUCUCAAAAGUUUUGUCCAAAGAUUUACAGGCAAUUUAUCUCUCUACUCAUCUCAGUCCCACAUUUCUGAAAUAAAGUUUCCAAUGAGUUUAUCAGUUUUGCGUUUGAGUGGGACAGUGAUAGAAGCAUUGCCGCCAUCAAUUGAGUAUAUUCCUGGUCUUGUCCUAUUGGAUUUGAGUGAUUGCACAAGACUUAAAAGUCUUCCAACCAACUUUUGUAAUUUGAAAUCUCUUGAAGAAGUAGAUUUGUCAGGUUGUCUGGAGCUGGAUAAAUUUCCAGAAGUCUUUGAGCCUAUGGAACACUUGACAUAUCUUAACUUACGUGAAACAGGGAUUAAAGACUUACCAAAGUCGAUUGAAAAUCUAGUUUCCCUCCAACAAUUAAAUAUGAUACUAUGCAAAAAUUCUGGGUUUCUCCCCAACAGCCGUUGUAACUUAAGAAAGCUUUUGUUGAUAAGCCUCGAGUGGUGUCCUAAACUUCAAAAACUGCCUCCUCUUCCACCUGCUUUGAUUGUAGUGCGCUUAAACAAUUGUGAGAGCCUGAAAUCGUUACCAGAGCUUCCCUCACUAUGUUAUAGCUUGUAUGCAAGGUUCUGUACCUCUCCAGAGAACAUAUCAAAUUGGUGGUCUCCACUGUUACACAAUGUGAAUAUCUAUAAUAUUGGAGAACAAAUAAACUUUCAUGAUUCUGAAAAAUUGGAUCAGAAUACAAGCGACAGCAUACGAGAUCAUGCAAUAAAUCAAAUUCUAUUCCGUUUGAAAUUUGAAGGAAUGGACAUUAAUUUCCCUUUGGAGAUAGACAGCACAACAUGUGAAUUUCGAUAUCCAGGAGAUGAAAUUCCAGAGUGGUUCUGCUACCAAAGUUGUGAGACUUCGAUCAAUAUCAGGCUUCCUCCAUAUUGGAAUAACGAAAAUUUUUUGGGUUUGGCAUUCUGUAUUGUUCUUGAUCGGAAUAAAAUUGACCCUGGUAUAACUCUUUUCAUUGGUAGUAAAAUCAGUUUCAAAACCAUUGAUGAUGAUCAUCUGUGCCAACAAUAUUGUUAUACGAAUCUUAUGGACUACGAGCAUAGUUCAGAUCAAGUGAUCAUGUGGUAUGUCAAAGAACUGAAUUUACGAAAUUCAAGACUAAGUUGGCCCUCUACUUGUAGCACAGAGGCCUCUUUGCAUGUCUGGCCUGAAUACAUUGUGAGUGUCAAUUAUAAUGGCGGUGCUGUUGGAGGUCAGUACGGCGAGAUUAGAAAGUUUGGGGUUCGGUUUGUAUACAAUGAAGAUAUAGAGAGAUUUGAUCGAGAAAAUAAAAGUAAGAAUAAGAGACGCUUUGAUGAAUGUUGUGAAGCAAGUAGUGGAAAUGAAGCUUUUGGCUCUCAUGAUGAAGAAGACCAUGAUGAAUCACAUUCUAAGAAAGUCAAGGUUAUGUGACUGUUAGAAGAUCAUGCAGAGCAACUGGACGUUGAGGAGCCAAAGAAAAACAGAACAAUUAUGUGCUGUAUAGGAGACAAUUUGGUGUUGAUUAUGAAACCAGUCAAUGUGAAAUUGUUGGCUCUGACAUACGACAAAGAUGGAAAUCCCUUGAUAAUUCAAAGAAGUAGGUAAAUUAAUUUAAACUUGUUUGGUUUCCUUUUGCAAAUUAUUAUUUACAACAUGCAUUUAGUGGUAUCUUAACUAGAUUAAUUUAUGAACUAAGUUUACAAAUUAAAAGGCAAUUCUUGAAGGAAAUUUUGGUUUUCUUUAGUUCGAAAUAA